UCAGUGUCUGAUGACGAAUUUCCCCCACGAAUCAUUAUCCCUCAAUUCUGCAAGUGGUUCUGAUUUACUAUCGCUGUUCUCUAGCUGGUCUAAAACCGCUUUUGACCUAAAGGGACGCUUUUUGGACGCCAUGGACGUUUCUCAGUUUCCAGGCAGAAAAAACAGUAAAAAUGCAGGCAGGGCGCCGGACAAAGCAGUAGGGACAAAAUGUAUGUGAAAUGGGUUUGAUACAGUAAUGUUAUACUAUGUGAUUUUACAAAAAUGAAAUUUUUUAAAAAUUUCAAAUUUGCCGCCGGUUCUGGUGCCUGUAUGUCCCGACGUCACAGGGACCGGAACAUGGAAGCCGGAUGCCGGCAUCGGCCGGAGGAGAUGGCCGGGGACGCUGCAGGGGACACA